AUGUCCAUCAAGUCCCAGCACGACAACAUCACGCUCUGCAUGAAGGGUGUCGGCGUCCGACCACAAGGAACCCGGACCUGCUCCGCCGUCGAGGCCCGCAAGAGGCGCUACUCUCAAGAACUCUUCUCCUACACCCUCUCCAUGUGGGACAGCGACCGCUCGCAGAUUGAGCGCCGCUCGGCCACACACGCUCUCAAUCAGCUCAACCUCCCCACGUCGUGCGAGUUCUCAUCGUCGGCCCCGUCGUCGCCAUAG